GGCUGCUCCCUGCCGCGGGGCUCGCCCCGUGCCUGCCAUUGGCCGGCGGGCGGCUGCCAGCACCUGGCGGCGGGGCUGGGUGUGCCGGCAGUCGGAGUGCGCGCCCGAGCGGGGGCAGAGUCCAGCCCGGCCGUGGGGAGGGGGCGCAGCCGGUUCCCCAGCCCGGGCAGGCCGCUGGGGCGUGCGCCAUGCCUCUGCGGCUGCGGGGCAAGAAGAAGGGCAAGUCCAAGGAGACCCGCAAGCUGGUGGAGAGCGAGGAGGCGGCCGCGGCCCCCGGGGGAGGCGAUGGGGCGGCCGCGCCGCCCGCCCCUGCCCAGCCCGGGGCCCGGCUGCUCUUCCACACGCAGCUGGCGCACGGGAGCCCCACCGGCCUCGUCGGGGGCUUCGCCAGCGUGCGGGAGCUGUACGAGCAGAUCGGCCGGGCGUUCCGCAUCCCCGCCGCCGAGAUCAUAUUUUGCACUUUGAAUACGCACAAAAUUGAUAUGGACAACCUCUUAGGAGGGCAGAUUGGCCUUGAAGAUUUCAUAUUUGCCCACAUAAAGGGACCAAAAAAAGAAGUGGAUGUUCUUAAAUCAGAGGAUUCUCUUGGGCUUACCAUUACAGACAAUGGAACGGGCUAUGCCUUCAUAAAGCGUAUUAAAGAAGACAGCCUUGUCGACCAAAUCAAAAUGAUAUGCGUGGGUGAUCAUAUAGAAUCUAUAAAUGGAAAAAAUUUGGUGGGUUGUCGUCAUUAUGAAGUUGCCACCCUUUUAAAAGGACUGGAGAAGGGUCAGACAUUUAAACUAACAUUGAUAGAGCCUAUGAAAGCAUUUGAAAUGAUUGAACCAAGGUUAAAAAGUGGAACUCUAUCAGAGGCUAAAAUCUCCAAGGGAAGAGAAACACUUCGAUUGAGAUCCAAAGGUCCUGCCAUUGUGGAGGAAGUGCCCUCUGAAAUUGAAGAAAAAGCAAUAAAAAAAGUAGAUGACCUUCUUGAAACGUACAUGGGAAUAAGAGAUAUUGAACUAGCUGCAACAAUGGUAGAAGCAGGAAGAGACAAGAACAAUCCAGAUGAAUUUGCUGUUGCACUUGAUGAAGCUCUUGGAGACUUUGCAUUUCCAGAUGAGUUUGUUUUUGAUGUAUGGGGAGCCAUAGGUGAUGCUAAACAAGGACGAUUGUAAUGAGAAAUGUACAAUUUAUUAAUCGCUGUUUGAAGAUAAAAUUGCUUUUAAACAAUUAUAGGAUCAGAAUUUCAAUUUAUUAAUAUGAAUGAUGGGCUGAUGCUGUAUAUAUUUGAAAUAUUCCUUUUGCAAAGUAGUAUUUUCUGGA